GCUUCCGUAGAGUUUCAAGAUGGCUGCCGCCACGAAUGCUCGCUGGCUCCGGGCUUGCUUCGCCCUUCUUCGGCAGAAUGUUCCAGUCCUGGCAAAUAUGAGGACUCGCUGUUUAUCAGGACUGAAGGGACCAUGGAAGAAAAUGACAGCUUUGGGGUUUGGAAUAUCCUUGUCUGCAAUUCCUAUUACACAGAAACAUGAUCCAAGUUGUCUUAGCAAUGAAGCCUUGAUCCGAAGAGCAGUCUCUUUGGUAACUGAUAGCACUGCUACCCUUCUCUCUCAAACGACUUAUGCAUUAAUUGAUGCUUUAACUGAGUACACGAUGGCAAUUUAUACAUUGGUGUCACUGUACCAGAAAUAUGCGCACCUCCUUGGGAAAAUGAAUUCUAAAGAGGAGGAUGCAAUUUGGCAAGUGAUCAUUGGUGCUCGAGUUGAGAUGACGGCAAAGCAGGAAGCGUAUUUGAAGCUGGAAUCCAGGUGGAUGACGGCCUUGCGUCUUUCAGAGAUGGCAGCAGAGGCAGCCUUUCAGUCAGGGGCUGAUCAGGCCUCGGUGUCAACACACAACCAGAUCCAGCUGGUGAAAACCCAGGUGCAAGAGGUGCGGCAACUGUCACAGAAGGCCGAGACGAAGCUGGCAGAAGUUAAAACUGAAGAGCUCAAGAAACUGAAGGAGGAGGACCUCGUGCCGCCAGCAGGUCGCCAAGGCAGUGUGGAGGAAGCUGAGGAGGCCUACCUUCGUGAGGACUGAUGUGCCACCAGCUGUGAGGACGUUUCCACUAACUCUUUUGUGGGGGAAGAUAGUGUGCAUUUAAAGUUCUAGCACCAGAUGGGCACCUGCUGUUUCUCUGGCUUUACCUGCUCUUUGGCUGCAGGCCUUGAACCAUGGAAGUUUUUAAUCUGCUGGGAGCCUUUUCCUGUUUUAAAUACUGGGCAAAUGUGAAACCAGCCAGCAGAAUGUCUGUGACUCUUGCAGCCCAGCACUGGAAUGGCUAAUUGAGAUGAUUAGUAACAUAUGUUUAGACUGGGAAUAAUCAGUUCCGAUCUACAGGGCUUGUGCUGUUCUUUUUACGUAAGAAAAAUAUUUACAGGUUUUGUGAAGGUAAUGCAUUUAUGCCACCAACUACUGUACCUGAAAUUUCAAGAAAAUUGCAUUUCAUUCCUGCAAAGUUGCAGCUUGGAGGAUAUGUCAUUUUGUGUUGGUUUUUUCUAAUUAAAUGAACUAAAUUUUUAAGAUAAAAA